UAACACAUUAACAUUGUUCUUCAUAUUGAUUCAAAUCUAAUUUAGACUUGAGUCUUGACCGAGUAAAAAUUAUUGUCUACGCGACGUUUGAAAGUAUUUUUAGGAGAAAUUAGAAAAUGAGUGGAUCAGUAAUUCUUGUAACCGGUGGUUCCGGCUUAGUCGGCAAAGCAAUAAAUGAAAUAGUAUUGGAAGAAAAAAGCAAAGGAAAUAAGGAGUAUGAAAAUGAAAAUUGGAUAUUUCUUAGUUCAAAAGAUGGCGAUUUAAGAGAAAGAACUGCUACUGAAGCAAUAUUUGAUAAACACCAACCAACACAUGUAAUCCACUUAGCUGCUAUGGUUGGUGGUCUUUUCCACAACAUGGAACACAAUUUAGACUUCUUUAGAGAGAACAUGGCUAUAAACGAUAAUGUGCUGAACGCCAGCCACAAGUAUGAUGUGAAGAAGGUUGUAUCCUGUCUCUCCACUUGCAUCUUUCCCGAUAAAACCACAUAUCCUAUAGAUGAAUCUAUGGUUCAUAAUGGUCCCCCACAUUCCUCAAACUACGGGUACAGCUAUGCCAAGAGAAUGAUAGAUGUGCUAAACAGGGGCUACUGGCAGCAGCACGGGCGGCGGUUCACAUCGGUGGUGCCGUGCAACGUGUUCGGGCCGCACGACAACUUCUCCAGCACCGCGCACGUGCUGCCCGCGCUCGUGCGCCGCAUGCACGCCGCCAUGCAGAGUGGUGAAUCGGAGUUCGUAGUGUGGGGCAGCGGCAAGCCGCUCCGCCAGUUCAUAUACUCGCGGGACCUCGCGCGCCUGUUCGUGUGGGUGCUGCGACACUACGACAGCGUCGACCCUCUUAUAUUAUCAGUGGACGAGUCAGACGAAGUGUCUAUAUCACAAGCGGCAGAAGCGAUCGCGGCGGCAUUCGACUUCCAGGGUAAGAUCGUGUAUGACACGACCCGCGCCGACGGACAGUAUAAGAAGACGGCAUCCAACAAGAAGCUAAGAGAGCUCUGUCCGGAGUUCACAUUCACACCCUUUACCACUGCGGUCAAAGAGACCGUGGAGUGGUUUAAAGUGAACCACGAGAGUGCUAGACUGUAAUGAAGAUGGUAGUUGGUGCCAUAUUGGUACUACUGGAGCUACAUUGCGAGGUAAGUGUUUAUGAGAAACGGAAUCGCGUCUUUACCUGCUACGCUAAAGGUGCGCGUCCACCGGAUCGUAAUCGGAGCGCACAGAUUUGUUGCUUUGUAUUGAUUUCCAUGGUACUGCACGCACUGGAUCGGCAUUUCUGCGCCUGAUAUUUGUGCUGCUGACGUCAUCCGCAGUACGCUUAAUUCGAAUUCGAACUUUUCAAGUUCUGACGUGUUUGCGAUGUGUGAUAGGCGAUGACAGUUGCUUUACAAAAACCUAAAUUUCCGAAGCUGAAUCCGAAUGCAGUAGACGCACCCCAUCGGCAUUGUGUAAGUAACGACGCUCCGUCCGCUCCGCUAAUAAGUAAUAACGCUGCGGUUACGCAGCGCCCGUGUGUACUGGCUCUACCAGAGUAUGAGUUGAGCCUUAGAAACACAUUCCUCGAAAUGCAGCUCCAGUGGAAACGCAGCCUUGGCGUAUAUUAGCACUAGGAUUUUACCAGCAAAAGCGGUGCAAAUCAAAGACAAGUGUGCAAGUAUGGAAGACGCUAAAGUCCGAUCGCCUAGGACCUAGUACUGUGCCCUAGAAUGUAGUAGUACUGGAUCCGACCGUAAAAUCCUGCAGGAGU